UUCCAUCACGUACAAACACACCCACGCACGCUCUGUUCCACGUUCGACACGACUGGAAGGAGCGGGUGAAGCAGACAUGUAAAGCAUCGGCGAUAAGAGGUUCGACGCAUGGAGGCUCUCGGCAGGUGCGGCAGGCUGCAGCACACACCACCUCCUCCUCCUUCGCCUCUCCAUCGCCCCCUCAUCUGACCAGCUGCAUGGGAAAACGAUUGUCCUGAAAUGCCACGCUGAAUGGAGGACAUUCAAGUUCCACUAAAAUGACCCGGACACAUCCGCCUGAUAUCCUGACAUCAACACUAUAUCAGGACAUUCCUCUUUAUCCGACAACUGAACAGGUCAUUUCUCCUCACUCUUCUUUGCAAUGUGACUUGAAGAUGAUUGAUAAAGCAGAAAUCAUCAACAAAAGACAUUGCCGCAGCUUCGACUUUCUUGAAUCACUGGAUGACCCGCAGUCUGUGUCUUCCCCAAUGGAGUAUCCUUAUAAGCGUCCAGAACAGCAGACUUUACUCAAAGAUCUGACGUGGAAUGGACUAGAUCAACCAGGAUACCUUCGCUUCUCAUCUCCAGAUUUGUUUAACUCCAGGCAAAUCCAACAACACACUAUUCAGGACAAAAGCAGUCAAAUCACAUGGUCAGAUUCUGUAAAUAGAAAAAGAUCAAGAAGUGCUCCCAGAUUCAAAUCCAGUCUCACUCCUGUGCCCAUGUCUGUCUCGCCUCUGGAGGCCAACAAAGACAAGGACGCCCAAGACACAUUGAAGUCCUCUGAAACACAAAGAGAGGCAUACCCCUCCAGUAGGGCUUUUUUGAAUGAGGUCCACCCUAUAAAACUACAACCUCAUGCUCCCCUUUAUGUCUCUGAUUGUUUUGAUGAAGGAAAAUCAGAAAAAACAUCCACAACGCCUCAUGUCAGGUGCCGCGUGGACAUCAAACCAGAUGCUGCUGUACUCCAACACGCAUCCAGGCAGAUCCCCAACCUGCGACCUGCACGACUGGCUUGGCAAAGAUAUUCACAGGCUAGUAGCAGUCGAGGUUUGUAUGUACCACGUCAGAUAUCCUCACCUACACCGACUCCAAGUGAAUGCUUCAGUGGAGAUUUUAGACAAGGAUAUAACUAUUCCACAAGCAUGUCUCCUGUCUCUUACCAGCAUCUAGACAUGUAUCGUAUGCAGUCACCAACAGCAAUGUAUCAGGAACAAAGAGCUUACUCAAAUCCAAACAUCCCAACAAAGUUCUUUUAUACAGAGGACCCAGUUCGAUAUCCAAUUCACCCCUAUUCUAGGGCAUAUCUUCAGGAUGAUAGGUCCAGUUUAGCCAGUCGGGGAAGUACUAUAACAAGUCAGUAUGAUCCGAGGAAUCGGUGGGUGCAUACCCUUCCUCUCAGGUCAUAUUACACAAAUAAUUUUUCAAACCAGGAGCCAUCACACUCAUUGUAUAGUAUGCCCUAUCCUACAAGUGAGGCAGGGUCCUGCUUUUCUCAAACCCCAUCAAGCUCUUACUUUGGAGAUGACCCCCGUUUCAACCCAUACCACCAAAGUUGCUCCAAUCUAUAUUAUCCCAAGCCACCUAACUCUCAUGAGGAGCGGUAUUUUCCAUCAAGGCAGUACCACACAGAAGGCCGAAGACGCCCCCGCAUGUCACAGGCCUUUUCAGAUGACUGGUAUCGCUCAAGUAUAUCCGGUUAUUCCACCCAGUCUUCUCCGUUCACCCCACCAAGAAUAAGGACAGACACUGGUAUAUCCCCAUGGUACACAACACACAGCAUGGAGACAAGCAGGCUUGGGACGGAAGCCAAAAACCACUCCAAGUCUUGGGACAAUAUUCUUUAUCCCCGCCAUGACAGAGAACAAUCUGUGCCUCGCGGAAGAAGUUAUGAGAACCUGUUUUACCAAGGGAGGCAUCGGGCAUCACCCACUGUCUCAUCUCAACCUGUUAUUCUCAACCUUUCAAGUUCACCAAAGCGCUAUGCUGCUCUAUCUCUCUCUGAGACAUCUUUAGAGCGAAGUCCAAGCAAUCUGUGGAAAAAUAACAAGAGUGGCCACUGGUUUGUGACUCCUGAGAUCACCAUAACUGAUAAUGACAUAUGUGCAGGCAACCGUGAGAGACGUGGCGUGCACGCCGUCAAUUGGAAUACUCUGGAGAGUGAAAAGAAAUCUGCUCCAAGAGUAAUAGAUGUUAAGAAGUCAUUCAACACAACAGAAGUGGCUAAAGAAAGGAAACGCAACAAUGUCUCCCUUCAGCAGAGUCUGGAACAACUUGACGAGCUGUUAGCUGACUUAGUGGUUGAUUACAAACCACCAACCAGCAGGAAGCCUAAUGGGGACUUUCUGGAUCAGCUUAAACAUCUGAUUACUGAAGACGAUGAAAAGGUCAGGGGAGCUUCUGAGAUUGAAAAUCUUGAAUGCCUGAGCACACAGCUCCCAUCCUCUAAAUCCAGUCCUGACACAAUCAAAGACCCUGAUAGUGGGUGUGAUGCUUUACAAAGAAGUGCAGAAGAAUGUUCUCCAGACCACAGUGCAGAAGAAGAUGAAACCAUGGUGUGUGCUAACAAGAAAUGUAAGCGUUCUGAAAAUAUGUUCAAUGCAUGCUUGUACUUCAAGUCAUGUCACAGCUGUUACACCUUUUACUGCUCUCGAAACUGUCGUCGGGAUGACUGGGAAACCCACAAAGAAACAUGUCUGUACGGCCGUGUAAGCAGUGUGUGUCGGCACACUAUUAAGUUCUGCAGAGAAAAUGCAGAGAUUCAUAAAGCCUUCUCACGUAUUGCUAAAGCUGGGUACCUCUCCAGAGGAAGAGGUGUCCUCUUUCUGGGUUUUGCCAAUCCAGACACUGCUGAUAACUUUCUUCAAGUUGGGCUUGAGAGCCUUGGCAUGUCACCUACAUACCUGUCUCUCAGAGAGCUGGAUAGCUUUAAGGACAACUUAGGUGAAUAUUGCAAGGAACUGCAGCAGGCAGGUAAUGAGUAUGACCCAAGUGAAUGUUUUCUCUUGAAUGUAUCUGUUGCUGUUGGUGAACUAGUGCCUAACAGACCCUCACCAAGGGUCCAAACACCAACGGUUCGAAAAUAUGCAAAGAUAUCCUUGGCAUCUUCAAGCCCAGAAAAAAAGCUACUAAAAAAGGAUAGUGAAAUGGAAACUCUUAUCCUUACUCCGCCACCGGGAACGCCGGCCCUUGACCAGGAGGGCGAAGAGGGAAGAAAAGCCAGGGAGGUGUGCUUCGUCAACAUUCAGCGUGAACUCAGGAUCAGGGGAGUCUUUCUUCGACACGAGUACCCGAAAAUCUAUAAUCAGCUAUGUGAGUUUGUGGAGAGCAACAAACGGUUCACUCCAACUACUAUUUAUCCAAUAGAUAAGAGAACGGGGAAACAGUUUAUGUGCAUGAUCAUGGCUGCAUCAGAGCCAAGAACAUUAGACUGGGUGGAUACCCCUCAUCUUUUGGAUGAUAUUAUUUAGGACAGCUCUGGAAACGAAUAAUAAUGAUGUCAGUUACACUAAAUGUACAUAAUGUAAAUACAUGCGAUUUGGAAAAUUGAAGACUGAUGAGAGAAUUUGCGAAUGGACAUUUUCCUUUCAUGUUCUACUGACCUUUAGCACACUUAAAUUGACCUACGAUGCACACAAACAUCUGCAAAAGUUUACUCUUGCUUUGAAUUUCUUGCUCUUAGUAAACUCAGUAGACUGCAUGUAAACUGGGCACAAGACAACUAUUCAUGUGUUUGAGAUACUGUAUGAAUGUGUAUGAAUUAUUCCGUUUCUGCUCUACAAUGUACAAAGCACACUACAUUUAUAGUAUUCUAUAUGCACAUCUUCUUGCCCCCACGUAAUAGACACAGAUGUGUCAUUUAACAGAAAUCCCACCAAAUAUUUUUCUCCUAAACAAUUAUAUCUGAAAUUUCUAUCAUACCCUGUUAACAUAAUAUUCCAAAUGGUGACAAGUAUUGAGAAUAUAUCCAUUUAGUAAAUUGUAUUUGUGUGGCUAUUUUUAUAUCAGUCUUUUAGUUACUGUUUGAUAGAAUAUGACGUACAAUCAAGACAGCAUUUUAGUUUUCCAGAUACUAUGAAUUUUAGAUAAAACUUGAUGUGCUUGGUUAAACUGCUUUGUUUAAAAGUGGCCUUUAUUUAAAAAUAUGUAUUUUAAAAGCUAAGUAUAAUUUUUUAAAAUCUUAUGACUUAAAAGGUUGUCUUGACUAGCCCUUAAGACUAGACAUAAAUUUUGCCCAAAGCAUGGUAUUUUUGAUUCAGGUAUGUUAUAAAUAUGGAGUAUUAUUAGAUUUAAAACAACAUAUAGUAUAUUGAAUUUGAUGCUCAUAAAUAAGAGUAAUUUACCUUGAUGACUAUUUUUUGGGUGGAGUUUGUAGACCAUAUGCAAUACAAGGAAAAACAUACUAUAAUAUAAAGAAUUAUCAUUAUUAAUAUGGAAUAGUUUUUUUUUGAAGAAUGUUUUGGGAAAAAUUGUUUUCUUUAAUCUCCAAAUGAAAAGAACGUUCCCAAAAAUCAGCAACACUAAAACGAGAUAAAAUAUGCCUGCUUCCAUUGUCAUUGCUGACUAAAAUAAGAUUGCUCUUUUACUGGAUUAUAUCUUUGUGCAAGAUUUCAAAUUUAUAUUUUGUGAUGUUUAUAACCUAUAUAUAGGUAUAUAAUAAAUGGAAUUGAACAAAUUACUUCAGGGUCUUGCUUCUGUGCA